AAGAAAACAUUGGCUGCACUUUCUUAAACAAGAACAGUCUUUGAAACAAUUUUCCCCAAAGACAGAAUAACUUUUAAUAUACGACCGUUACGAAUAUAAAACCCCUCUAGUAGCGGAAGUUAUAAGAGUUCUAAUAUUGAGAAGAAAAUAAUGGUACGGGAUAACCUUGCAGUGUGCGAGCCUUAAAAUUGGCUGGAUUAGUGUACAGUCAUCCAUUCGUGUGUAAGGAGAGGAAGGUAUCAUAUCAUCGAUUUUUAGUGACCAACCGCUUUAAAAUGAACGUAAAGAAUCAAGGUGCCUGUGUAUUGCUGUGGAGCCUCGUUGUGAUUUCAGUCGUAGCAGCGGCAGAGCAAACCACCCAGGGCCCAGGAUGCAAGAGAGAAGAGUGCGUUCCUGUGUCCCAGUGCCCUCCACUCCGGGAGCGCCUUAUUCAGUCUCCUACUGAGGAUAGCUUCAAGGAGAUAAGGAAACUCACUUGCUUCGU